GCUACAGAACGAUGCCAGUGCCAGGGAUGGUAACUCGCACGCGUGCGCUCAGCAGUGGGGUGGGUACACAGCUGCAGGCGCACGGUUUAAGCACUUAAUACAAACUCGCUGCCCGACUAUCAAGUUUUAACCAUUGUCCCUCCUCUGCAGUCUAAACCUUACAGCACUUGAUUUCUAGUUUUGCACAAGCCCUUGACAUCGACAGACAUGCCUGCCCGGGGUGGUAUGUUCUACACUGUGGCUUUCUCUCUGCCCCCUCCGAUUAUUGAAGAGGAGCCCAAAGCCGUGUGGGAUGAGAAGUGUACGGACUUGUCUGAACGGUGUUCCAGCCUACCAAACUCGGACUGUGAAUCCCUCGCCAGUAAUAACUCCUUCUCUGCAUGCGAUUUCGAUGAAUCUGAUAACAUCUCUAUACCAGAUUCAGACCUCCUCAGUGACCCUGAAGGGGAGCAGCUUUGUCCGAGUCUUCUGAAGAUGAUAAAACGCAGCUUGAACAAAGCCAACAUUGACUCAUUGAGAUGCUCCAAACUGCUCGCUCCCGAUGACCUUCUCUUCAACUUGGGCCAAGAACUGAUGCACCUGGCCUAUAGCGAGCCUUGUGGACUGAGGGGUGCACUUAUUGACCUGUGCGUGGAAAACGGCAAGACCUGCCACACCGUGGCACAGCUAGAAGUCGACACCUAUGUAGUCCCUACGUUCCAACUGACCGUUCUCUUCAAAUUGGACUCUCGCUUGUGGCCGAGAAUUCAGGGACUCUUUAGCACUAAACCAGUCCCGGGGUCUGGACAGUCUCUGAAACUUAGCCCGGGGUUCAAAGUCCUGAAGAAGAAACUGUAUAGUUCUGAAGAACUUAUCGUUGAAGAAUGCUGAGCGUUGAUGAAAUGAAAAGACUUGAAUAUGCCUGUUAUGUGGG